AUGUUUCAUUUAUCAUUAAUAUUAAAUCUUCGACAAUUAUCAAGAAAAAUUCUUUAUAUUUCGCGUCUUACUCAUACAAUUUAUCCUUUAACAAUACGUGAAAUAUAUGAUAAAAAACCUUUAAAUCAAUCAAUAAAUUUAAUUGGUUAUCUUCUCAAUGUAAGAAAAUUAAAAACACAUUAUUUUCUUGAUCUAUUCGAUGGUUCAUUAACAAAUAAUCAAAAACAUUUACAAGUUGUUGCAUCAUUAGAUAAACAUCCAACUUUACCUCAUUUAACAUAUGGUUGUUCAAUAAAUGUACAAGGUAAACUUAUUCGAAGUGAUCAUCCUAAACAAGAACUUGAAUUACAAGCUGAUCAUAUUAAUUUAAUUAAUUCAUGUGAUGCAUUUAAUUAUCCGAUUAAACCAAAAUUUGAACAAACAUUAUUAAUGUUACGUCAAAAUGAACAUCUUCGUUUACGUUCAACAUUUGCACAAGCUAUUUUUCGUUUACGUAGUCAAUUAAUGUUUAGUUUAUAUGAAUAUUUUUUUAAACAUAAUUUUAUUCAUAUUCAAACUCCAUGUUUAACACAAAAUGAUUGUGAAGGUGGUGGUGAAACAUUUCGUAUUCAACCAUAUCAAUCACAAACAACUCAUACAGAAAAAGAAUAUUUUAAUAAACAAGUUUAUUUAACUGUUUCAGGACAAUUACAUCUUGAAACAGCAGCUAAUGGUUUUGGACGUGUCUAUACACUUAAUCCAGCAUUUCGUGCAGAUAAAACUUUAAGUCGAUUUCAUUUAGCAGAAUUUUGGAUGUUAGAAGUUGAAGUUGCUGGUCUAACUAAACUAGAUCAAUUACUUGAUGCUUAUACUGAUCUUGUACGUACGACUACAACUGAAAUAUAUAAUAAAUGUCCUGAAGAAUUUAAAUAUCUAGUUAAUAAUAAUAUUCAAUCGACAUAUAUUGAUCAAUUACUUAAUCAAAAUGAUUAUCCAAGAAUAAAUUAUAAAGAAGCAGUUGAAUAUUUAAGAAAAAGUGUUGAUUUUCAUGAUUUUCCUGAUAAUGGUGAUUUUAAUCGUGCACAUGAAAAUUAUCUUUGUCAAAAACUAAUGAAUAAUCAAGCAUUUUUUGUUAUAAAUUAUCCUAAAACUUUAAAACCAUUUUAUAUGUUAAUGAAUGAUGAUGAUACAACAGUUGCUAAUUUUGAUUUUAUAUUUCCAUCUGUUGGUGAAUUAUCUGGCGGAAGUUUACGAGAGCAUCGUUAUGAAAAUUUAAAAUUACGUUUAGAUGAAUUAGAUAUAACAAGAGAUUUACAAUGGUAUCUUGAUUUAAGAGGUUUUGGUGGAAUGCCUACAGCUGGUUUUGGUUUAGGAAUAGAAAGAUUUUUAAUGGCUAUUACUGGUAUUGAUAAUGUUCGAGAUUUUAUCUUAUUUCCUCGUUUCUAUCAACAUUGUGAUGGAUAA